AUGGCAGAUGCCUCUCGAUUUCUUGCACAGUCUCAAUCACGCCUCACAUUUGCUCCCGCACCAGCAGACGACCGUCAGUCUGGGAGACGACCAAACCAGACGUGGAGAUCAACUACCGCUUCCAGGACGCUGAAUCCGCGUGCCGCGAACCCUUACCAACCUACCUCGUCCCAGAUAUCUAGCUUUCCCUUCGCUUCACGUCUGAAUCCGCAACAGGCGCCUUUAUUUUAUAGCGCGACAGACGAGUUCCGGGAAGAAAAUGACGAGGAGGAGCACGAACGAGAAAUAGCAGAUUACUAUGCUCUUCAGCGGUCCAGGCGACAGCUAGGGGCAAGCGAUCUCCGAGCUUCCUCGGAGAUUGACGGAGGCAGUGGUUCGAGUGUGGUCGGUGCGAGCAGUCAUGGUGACGAGUCGCGUGACCGAGGGCCGGGUAGACCUGGUGGCAUCAGGAGUUCCUGGCAUGGGGGUGUACCGAAUCCACGACGAAAAGGAACCGACCUUGAAAAUCUAGCAGAAUCAACAGAGUCACAGCUCGACAAUCCCAGUCCUGAAUCAGAGCGAAAUCUGAUGGUCGACGUGGGCUUGGAAGACACCUUGAGAAGCGGAUUUGACGAUGAUCCGCCCGAAGACCUUAUGGAAAAUCCUCCCUCCGUACAACAACUACGCAAACAGCCACCGAAAGUAGAUGACGACUACGACUCCGAUGCGUCAAAUCAAACGAGCACCCAGAGACAACUGCUGGGCUAUUCGCGAAAUCAUUCAGGUGACCACGACUCUGUACCAGAUGGCAUUCCACCACCACAGAUCCAACAACCACGGCAUGACGCCUUCUUUGGACAGCUUUACUUCCUCUUGCUUGCCGCCAUGUGUGCGACAUGGUUUCUCGUUAUGCUUCAUACUCAGUCGCCGGGCACGAAACAACCCCUUGGUGACACAGUUUACACAACGUUGCACGGCUCUUUCUAUCUUCUAGCGACAUAUACCCUUGUAGCGACUUUUAUUUCCUUGUUCUGGCUGGCUGCCCUACGAUCAUACGUUCGAUACUUAGUCUACAGCAUCCUGGUGGCAGUUCCCGUCAUCCUCUACUCCUUCUCACUUUAUCCGCUCAUCUCCAGCUUCAAGGGCUCUUGGCAUGGCUCCAGUAUCCAGGAUACCGUGAUGAGGUGGAGCUCAUUGGUGCCUGCUGCUCUAGCCACACUCUGGAUUUUGGCUGUCUUCCGAGGGCGGCUGGUGAUGCAGAAGGCUAUCUCUAUACUGGAAUUUGCGACAAGGAUCCUAGCGGCAAACCCGACGCUGGUGCUCGUCGGGUUCGCCGUUCUGGGAUUUAUCAUCAGCUUUACCUGGGUAUGGCUGUCCAUGUUCACGAGAGUCUUCCUUGGCGGGCAUCCAUCGACUCGCUCAGCGAUCAGCAAAUUCGUUAUUGACACCUCUACGUGGUGGCUGGGAGUGUACUUCAUCCUGGUGUAUCUCUGGACGAUUGCUAUUGCGUUUGGCAUGCAGCGAACCAUCACGUCGGCCACUGUGUCACAGUGGUACUUCCACCGAUUGGCAGUACCAGCUCCAACACCUCAAGCCAUUGUCAAAGCAGCGCUACAACACUCGGGGACGACUCUUUUCGGCACCAUCGCUCUAUUCACGGGCUUGAGCCUUAUGGUCCGGCUCCCGUUGAUUGUCCUGCCUCGGCGGAUGACUAUGCUGAUUGGCGUGGCGAUGUACUCGCUAAUCCCUAGUCCGGUUGCGGUGCUGAUCAAUCCUCUCACACUAACCUAUGCCGCAAUACACUCCCAACCACUUGCUGUCAGUUCCAGAGGACUUUUGCAGAUGCACUUCCUCGCGCCAAACGACGCCACGACGACCCUGUAUCUGAAUACGUUUAAUCGGAGGGUAAGAGACGAUGGAUGGUCAAAUGAUUCGACCCCUCUUCUUCCUUAUCGACUAGCUAAGCUCGUCCUACACGCAACACGGUUCAUGAUGUGCCUAGCAUUGGGGUUCGGUGGAUGGGUUACAACAGCACGGACAUUGAGACUCGAGGGUGCAGGGGUGCGAGGAAGUGUUUACGCUUACAUUGUAGGACUAGUUGCCGGAGCCAUCGGCUGGGGCAUACUUGGAGCAAUGGAGGGCGUGUUGGCAUGUAUCGUGGAUGCGGUGGUGGUAUGCUGGGGCAGUGAAGUUGGCAGCACCGGCACAGGAGAGGUGCGGUAUUGUAGGGAGGCGGGAAAUCUGUUCCGCGACGAUGAUUACACCGGCGGCCGUGUCAGCCUAGCUUAA